CGGGGUGCUCGAUUUCAACGCCACCCGCAGCACACUGUCUCGCUGAGCCCAACCACCACCACCACCACCGGCAGCAGCAGCACCAGCACCACCACCAGCAGCGCCCAUAUCUCCACUAUCACCACCAGCCCGGCUCUCGUCGCCGACUUGCCCGGCUCCCACUUUGCGGGCCAGCAGGACCCCACGUCCUUGGCGACCUCUGGGAAGCACCUGGCCUCGAUCUCCAUCCACAACCGGUCGCCCAGUCGCCCUGCAGGCUUCGGUCGCUAUCCAAAGCGGCCCUCGGCCCUGGCCACCCAUCUCCACAUGCCGAUCUCACGCCAGGAUGUCCCUCUGCACUCGCCCGAGUCGAGCGACCACGACAGCGACCUGAUGCAGCAGACCCCGCCGUCCAUGUCGUUGCCACCGCCGAUCCGCCAUCUCCCAAGGACGGCGACGCUGCCUGUUCCGGCAAGGUCGACAUCGGCAUCGCCGUCAAAGUCCCACAGCCUGCUCGUUCCUGUCGUUGCCUCGCCCUCCCACUCGAUUGGAUACGGCGGGUUGCGCUCGUCGUUCUACCAGUCGCAGAGCCACCAGAUCUCGGUCGAGACCUCGCUCUCGAUUCAUCCGCACCAUCCCCAGGCCCGGCCCUCCAUCUUUUCAUGGAACUCGGGGUCAGGCAGCACAUCGGCGAAAUCGGGAGACGACGAUGAGGAUUUUGUCUACACUCGUUCUACCGGCCGCCGCACCCUCCGCGCCCUCAAAGGAGCUAUGGAAUACCGUCCGCUGUCGAGUCUUUCGGGCUCGUCCGGCUCUUCGUAUCCUUCUCUUCAGUCGUCUCCCGGUGGCUCAGCCGGGUUACUGCAUCCAAAUCAUGCUGCUCCCGUGAGCCCUUCCCAGUCCUUUGGUCGCAACCUCCCCUUUGGCUACGGUUCGUUUGUUCGGCCAAAGCGUCCAGGGCCAGCCCGCAACAUCGGCUUCAAGGAUAGCCCCGAUUCUCGGCGGACAGGAUACUCCAAGCUCACUGGCCAGCGGUCGCCGGGCCUGGAACAUGAAGGCUUCAACCUCCCCGGUGGCGACGAGUCACUGCAGUCCCCGAUGGCACUCGAUUCCCGUCCUCUACUUGCGCAGACCCACGAAUACGUCCGCACAUUCUACCGAUCGUUGCUGUCUCGGCCGACCCACGCCGCUCCAUUCGAACACCCUCCUCCUGCCGUGCUCGUGCCCGUGCCUGGCGAGUCAAGUCCGCUUCUCCCCCGAUCUCGGAUGGACGUUUCCGGCAUGGAUCGUUCUCAGGCCUUGCUGCUGAACGAGCGCCUGGAUCCAGCUUCCCGAGACCCACUCAGGGUCUCUGUCGCUCGAGGCAUCCUGAUCCAGUCGCCGCGACCCAAUCCAUCGCGGUCGUGGUUCCUGUCAUCGAUGCUGUUUUUGCUCAUGGUCGUUUCGAUCGCAGCCUUUGGAGGAUUGCUGUCGUAUAUCCUCCUGUUCGGCAAGCCUUUGAUUGGUCUGGGCUGCAUCGGCAUCAACGGCAAGACCCUGGUUGCGACCAAGCACGUCUUUGCAUUCGAUGUCGAGCUGGAGGCCCACAACUUCAACAUGAGCCCCGUCGAGGUCGUCUUUGGCGAGAUCGACAUUUCUGUCGCUCGUCCGGAUGACUUUGGCGGCAACGGCUAUUCUAACGGCACAAACUCGGAGGCACCAGGAAGGACCAUCGUGGGCCACGUCUCGCGUCUGAAGGAGCCAGCGUUCUUUGACAGCAACCAGCGCUCAGUUGAAGUCAUCCGGAUUGAAGUGCCGAGCCCCCGACCAGGGUCCCACGAGAUCUACGAAGCCUUCCCAUAUGUGCUGCGGCUGCAAGGCUUUCUGAUCUACAACGUGACCGGCGGCUGGAUUACGUAUCGCAACCGGCUCGACCACGCCUUCUUCAUCGAGAAGCGCCAUCACCGCGAGCUCCAGAGUCAACGCCUGGGCUAGUUACAGCAAGCUGUGUUCAUCACCAGAGCCUCCAAGCAGUUUUUGCAGUGCCUUGAAGUGAUUUCCGAAUGGUCACCGACCUAUUCCUCCCCCCCCCGAAUGACUCCCAGCGAUUCCGAUUGCAAAUAGUAUAUAUUCAGUGUCCAUAUCGA